CUUUUUUUUCUUAUUAAAUUUGUGAUGAUUUUUAAAGAACCCUCAGCCGCAGGUUUGGAUGGAAAUAAACGGUCCAAAAUCAGGUUUGUAAAUAAGAGCGGACUCCGUUUGUGUUGGUGGGAACGAGGUCUGUGUCUGCUGAUGGGUGGUUGUGGUGCAUUAUGGGAUAUGUGUUGUGUGUCCUGCAGCCGCGGGCGGUGAACGUCGACCUGCAGACGGACGCCACGCUGCAGGUGGACAUCUCUGAUGCUCUGAGCGAGCGGGACAAGGUCAAGUUCACCGUCCACACCAAGAGCACGCUGCCGAACUUUAAGCAGAACGAGUUCUCGGUGGUCCGACAGCACGAAGAGUUCAUCUGGCUGCACGACUCGUUCGUGGAGAACGAAGAGUACGCAGGAUACAUCAUCCCCCCUGCCCCUCCCAGACCGGACUUUGAUGCGUCCCGAGAGAAGCUGCAGAAGUUGGGGGAGGGAGAAGGCUCCAUGACCAAGGAGGAGUUCACCAAGAUGAAGCAGGAGCUCGAGGCAGAGUACCUGGCCAUCUUUAAGAAGACGGUCGCCAUGCACGAGGUCUUCCUGUGUCGUGUCGCGGCUCAUCCUGUCCUCAGGAAAGACCUCAACUUCCACGUCUUCCUGGAGUACAACCAGGACGUGAGUCUCUGCAGACACCUCACAGACUGCCGGUCACAUGACGCCUCACACACACACUCGGUCACACACACAGUCUCACACACACACACACACACACACACA